AAUGGACUGCCCAAUUAAGGUUAGCUAAUUAAAGUCUGUUACAGAAUAGAAGGAAGUCUUUGAUAAAUUAUUCAAGAUGCCUACCUAACAUGUUUAAAGAUCUUAAUAAAAAUACUAAUCAAAAUCUGAUUUAAUAAAUGAAUUGCGCCAAGAGAAUUAUGAGUUGAAAAAUACUAUUACUGAAUUAAAGGAUAGGAUUUAAGAGUUAGAAUAACAAUUAAAAGAAAAGUAGAAUCUCUAAAUUGAGGAAGAAAAUCAAGAAAUAAUUUCAGUUGAAAAACCAUUAUAAGAAAUGAAUGAAGAAGAGAAAUCUCUUCAUUUUGCUUUAAUGCUUUAAGAACAAGAAGAAAUGGAAUUUUAAAAUCGUUUAAUAUAGUAAAAAAUACUAUAAUAUAAAAUAUAGAAUGCAAAAUAAUGUUGAUUUAGAUGAAAUGAGUUAUGAAUAAUUACAAGAACUUUAAGAUAAAAUGGGUUUUGUCAGUAGAGGAUUGAUGGAAAAUCAAAUAUAAAUACUACUUAAAUAAUGCACUAUCACAAAUAAAACAGUUGAUUGGUAUAGCAAUUAAGGUCUAAUAUUAUAGUUGUACAAUAUGUUUAGAAGAAAGUGGAAAUCCUGUUGAAAUUCAAUUAGAAUGUGGACAUGUGUUUCAUAAGGAAUGCAUUUCUGAAUGGUUAUCUAGAGAAAAACAUUGUCCUGUGUGCAAGAGAGAUGUUGAUUUUGGAAAAAUAAAGUGAAA